GAAUCAAUUGCUUCAACAAGAAAAAAUCAUGGCAGAACCUGAAGAUUCAAUAACACAUGACGUAAUGAUCAGCUACGAUUGGGAGCACCAAGACUCGGUCCUAAAAAUCCGAAACAGUCUGAAAGAAAAAGGCAUCAAAUGUUGGAUAGAUGUAGAAAAUAUAUCGGGUUCGACGUUAGAAGCAAUGAGCGCUGCAGUGGAGAAUUCUGCCAUCUUUCUCAUGUGUUACUCCGAGAAGUAUUACGAGAGUGAAAACUGUCAGUCCGAGGCAGAAUAUGCAAGGCAGCUUAAAAAAGACAUUAUACCGUGUAAAAUGGAGAGGGGGUAUAAGGCAAAAGGAUGGCUAGGGUUUAUUCUUGGCAGCAAACUUUUCUUCGAGUUUUCUGGCAAAUAUCCUUUCGAACAGAAAAUAGAAGAACUUGUAAGGGAAAUCCGCGCCCAUCUCCAGGAAGAUAAAGACGCCCCAGAAACACUGGCGACAGAUGUACAGAAGUCACUCAAAAUUGACAAUCCUCCGCCUAAAGCCACUAAUAAAGGUGCUGGGAGCUCAAAAGUCUUAUACAAAAUAUCAGUUUCUGGAACGGAAGGUCUUCGACAUAUUGCAUUCCAACCUCCUGAAAACUAUUGGAUUGGCUAUGAAAACAAGGUUGCCUUCAUAGAUAAAUCCGGCAACAAGCUGAAGGAAAUCCAACGAUACAGAUUCACAUUUGGGGCACAUUCAGUUACACAGGACGGCGUCCUUGUGUACCUGACAGGAAUUUCAGUAAAAAAACACAUAUCCGAGUCAAAAUCCGAAAACUUCAUCACCGGAACUAAUGUUGACGGAUGGAAGGCCCGAAGCAUUUAUGCUAGUCAUCGAAACGGUGACAUAUUGAUUGGACUUCAAAAUGAAGAAAAGGGUAUAGGCAAAAUUUCACGUUACAACAAGGAAGGGGAAUACCAGAGCACGAUAGAACGUGACAGCAGCGACAGUCCAUUGUACACAUGGCCUCGCUUCAUUACGGAGAACUGCAAUGAGGACGUCGUUGUUUCGGAUUGGUAUGGGGGAGUUGUCGCUACUAAUAAGGAUGGAAAGCAUCACUUCACUUACAAUAUUUCUAUCCCCAGAGCUGUGGUUACGGACUCUAAGGGGCGUAUAUAUGUGUGUAACAAUACACCAAAGAUUCACGUUAUUGAUCAAAAUGGAAAGUUCCAGUCGUAUAUUCUAACGGGCUUAAAAGACGCUUUUGCGCUUUACAUCCACGAGGACAAAGAGUUGCAUGUCGGUUUUAAUGCACAAAAAAAGAUAACUGUCUAUAGAAUAACGCAAUAGAAACGUAAGACAUUUACGUACCAUUUGCAUAAAGUUGUAUACGUAUCCAGUGUACCUGUAUGAGAUUAUGACAAGCAAAAGCUUAGAAAAAAAUAUAUGAAAGGCCUUGUGAAGUGAAACAAAACAAGAAAACAUAUGUAAAAUAAAAUCAUAAAUCAAAAAAAUCAUCACAGGAUAUCCCGCCUUUUUCAUUUGUCUAUUGAAAGAACUCGGGA